GGUACGCGCAUGCGUAGAAUGAUCGGGUGACAAAGCAAGAUGGCGUCUGACGGAGAAGUCCUAAACGCGGGCAUUAUAUUUCUGUAUUCUUACAUAUAUGUUGUUUAAUAGAGUACACACGGUUAAUAAUUGUUUGUAGCCGGAUACAUUAGUCUGAGCGCACUUUGACACUUCUCCUGUUUGAUAGCUUCAAUUAAGGUAGCUUGCAGCUAGUUUAGCUGGCUAGUUAGCUUAGCUUGUUAGCUGCUAACAAAGAGACGCGGAAGUUAUUUAAACAUCGCUAAGUAGGGAACUAAUGUGAGUGUAAAGUGUUGUGAUUGUGUGAAAAUGUGCGAAAGAACGACAGCAAAGUACGAGGAGGAACUUUGGACAACAAUAGAGGAGAAGGAGCGACAACAUCAACUACUGGAUGUUUAUUAUAAGAAACAUCAUCAAGUUGUGUUACACAGAACAGACAUCUGUGGAGAACAACUUCUGCCUGAAAAACAGGAAUGUAGCUUCAGGAUGGUGAAGGAGGAUCCAUCAAAGAGGAAGAUGAGGUGCCACGGACCCUCUGGCGUCUCUUUUUCCUCUUUGACACGGACCCUUCCCUGUAGAAAGGAAGAGGAGGACUUACUGAGCACCCACAUUAAAAAGGAAGAGGAGGAACACAGCAUCAGUCAGGAAGGAGAUCAUCUUGAAGGAAUGGUGGUGUUCCCAGUGACUGGUGUCCCUGUGAAGAGUGAAGAUGAUGAGGCCAAAGGUGAAGGUGAGGAGAGGGGAGUGGUGGAGCCUCCAAGCAGCAGCUCAACACAACACAUGACAACAGAAGCUGAUGGAGACCACUGUGGAGAAUCACAAGCAGACAAGCUCUUAGCUCCACUAUCAGAUAGUGAGGACACAACGUCACACUCUCCUGACACUGAUGAUGAAGACUCUAAAGAUGAUAAGACAUGUCACACUGACAACACUCACUUCAAAUGUUCUCACUGUGACAAAACAUUUAAAUACCAUUGUCGUCUGAAAGCACACAUGAGAACACACACCGGAGAAAAAUGUUUUAUCUGUUCAAUAUGUAGUAAAGGUUUUGUAGAAAGUCGCUAUUUGAAACUGCAUAUGAGAACACACACUGGAGAAAAACCGUUUUCCUGCUCAGAAUGUGGUAAAUGUUAUACUAACAGUCAGAAUUUAAAAGUACACAUGAGAACACACACAGGAGAAAAACCUUUUUCUUGUUCAUUCUGUGGUAAAGGUUUUACAAAAAAAAAUGUUUUAAACCAACACAUGCCAAUACACACUGGAAAAAAACAUUUUACCUGUUUGAUAUGUGGUAAAAGUUUUGCACACAGUCAGAGUUUGAAAAAACACACAAUGUUACACACUGGUGAAAAACCUUUUAUCUGUUCAAUCUGUGGCUCAUCUUUUCCAAGGAAGGAAUCUAUGAAAGUGCACAUGAGAACACACACUGGUGAAAAACCUUUUUCCUGUUCAGUAUGUGGUAAAGCUUUUGCAGAAAGUCAAAAUUUAAAAACGCACACAAGAACACACACUGGUGAAAAAUCCCAUACAUGUUCAAUCUGCAACAGAAGCUUUUGUCAACGAUCAACACUUGUAGUACACAUGAGAAGACACCCAGGAGAGAAAGUGUUGAGUUGCAGUGUGUGUGGUGAAAGAUUCUCUUAUAAGUACCAGUGUAAGAAACACAAGUGUGCUGUUGAGAACAGCAGCAGCAAAUGAAACUGCAGGAUUUGAAAUAAAUUGUCAACAUUUUAAUUUUGACUUUCUAACAACAUGAGCACAUAUAACAUGUGUGACAUUGUUGUUUGUGUAACAAUCUUUUUAACAUGCUUCUAUAUUUAUAGAUUGGAUAUUUUAUAUAAGUGCUUCUUUCAAUCAAGUACAUACAUUAAUAUGUAACAUUGUGUACUGUUAUUAAAAAUUGAAUAGAACAAUUUGGAUGAAACGGUGAGACUAAACAGUACAAGACAUAUUUUACAAACAAUAAAAACAUUUAUGUGUAUAUAUAUAUAUAUAUAUAUAUAUAUAUAUAUAUAUAUAUAUAUAUAUAUAUAUGUAUACAUACAUAUACAUAUUUUUAUUUCUAAUUGUUAAUAAUCCCCACAGAUUUUUGGGAGUAUUAAAAGAUGAUAAAAUGAGCUGGAAAUCUCAUAUACAAAAUAUACAACAUACGGUGGCAAAAACCAUUUCAAUAAUGAAUAAAGCAAAAUAUGUGCUGUGCCAAAAAUCACUUCAUAUUCUCUCCUGCUCAUUAGUGUUACCAUACCUGAGUUAUUGUGCAGAAAUAUGGGAAAUAACUACAAAUGUGCACUACACUCGUUUACCGUGUUACAAAAAAGAUCAAUUAAACUGAUACAUAAUGUUGGAUAUAGAGAACAUACAAACCCUUUAUUUAUUGACUCAAAAAUAUUAAAGUUCGAUGAUUUGGUAAAAUUGCAAACAGCUAAAAUGAUGUACAAAGCAAACUAUAACUUGCUACCAAAGAAUGCACAACAAUUCUUACCAAUUAAAGAGGAGAAAUGUAACCUUAAGGGGAAAAUCUAAUUUAAAACAUUUGUAUGCAUGUACAACACUUAGAACCUUUAGCAUAUCAGUAUGUGGAAUUAAAUUAUGGAAUGCAUUAAGUAAUGAAGUUGAACAUUGUACUGAUAUGAUCCAGUUUAAGAGGUUGUUCAAAUUAAUAGUGCUUACAAAGUACAAGGAAGAAGAAUUAUGAGAAACACUUUCAACCUUAUUGGAAAUAAGAUAUUCUUCAUCUCAGUAUACUAAUACUGACUGAAUUAAUUACUUAAUUAGUACAAAGCUUUUGUAUUACUCAUUCACAGAAGUCAUUUUACUAUAAAAAAAAAAGGUCUGUAAAUGAAUGUAUAUAUUUGUAAACGCUCUGACAUGGGAAUGGAUUCGUACUCCUUUUUGGACAUGAUGUAAUGUGAAAUGAUAUGAAAUUGUCUGAUGUAUUAUGUUGUAAGUAUGUUCAUGUUUGAAAUUAACUAAAGAAAGAAAGACAAGAAACAAAGUAUUGAUCGAUCGACUGAGCUUAUAAUGCAUCUUUACCAAGAGAUAAAGUAACAGCACAAAGCACACAUCAGUCAUAUUAAAUUAUGCAUCAAGGCCAAUACUGUAAUGACAUAAAAUGGAUAUUUUUAGUUUU